AUGUUCAAAUCAACGAUGGGCUUCUCGUCAACGCCGCUCGACGCCCUCGGCCAAUUCAAUUCAAUUAAUGCAGUCCCAUCGCCGGGUAUCGGCUUUCGCGCCGGCAGCCCAAUGCUCUCAUCAACGUACGAGCAAAAGUUCCAAAUGUCGAAAUUUGUCGACUUUUGGAAACCGCGCGAGAUUAUGCAAUGGAUCGAAGGCCUCGGCGAAGAAAUGAACCCAUAUUUAGGCAUCGUUCGGCAAAAUGUGCGAAGCGGCCGCCAACUAUCAUGUCUCGAUGAUGAAACGCUCAAGAAAAUCGGCAUUUCCGGUUUGGGAGCGCGAAAAACCAUUUUGCAAGCGGUGUCGCUUUUAUUGUAUUUUUGCCACGAAUCGGAAGCCGAGAGCCUUCAACGAAUAUCGCAUCGAGUGAUCAAUUCAUGUACAUAUUUGGAGAAAACCAUGCAAUCAGCGAUGCGAAUGCGCGAGCGCGCCAACCGUCGCGCCGAUAUUGUCAAUAUUCUGAAUAGGGUCUCAAGCGCCGUCCUUCAGCUCUCCGAUAACGUCAAACGUCUAGUUUUCUGGCUUGAUAGGACCCCAUUCGACGAUAUUCCCCAAUACAUCGAAAUGCGAAAUCAAAUCUCGUCGAUGAUGUGGAAUUUAUUGCGAAAUGUCAAUGUUCAACCAAAAGCAUUAUUUGAAACGGGCACCCAUAUAAUUGAUCUCGCCAAAACACUUGGCACCGAAUGUAUGAAGAUUUUCGAUUCGUCUGAUCCUCUAGUCAUCUAUGGAACAUAUAAUGAGACGGCAACACUUAAACGAAAGUCGGACUCGAUUAAUUGGGGUCUCAACAUCCAAUCCUCAUUUCGUGGGGUUCACGUGAUCAGCGAGAUAAAGGAUGGAUCUCCAGCCGAUGCUUGCACCAAGGUUGACGCUGGUGACGAGAUCCUGGUGAUCAAUAAACGAGCGGUUAUCGGAUGGGAUCUUACUAGUGUCGCGCAGCUCAUCGGCGCCCUCGGCACCACCGAACUGAAUUUGAUAGUGAAGCGGCGCCCCAAAGAGCCGCAAUUGUUGAAAUCGUCGAAAUUGGCGAUUCGAAUAAUGUCGCCAGCGAGUCAAUCGGCGAAAAUCUAUUCGACCGAUCCUGCCGGCGAUCCGUUCACGAAUUUGGAAGCGACGCCGAUCAGCCGCCACAGAUCCUAUCAUACGAUAUCGGAAGUGGUCAAAGAGAACACCGGCAAACGCGACGAACUUCGACGAGCUUCGAUCGCUUCGGGAGCACCGCGACACGAGCUCCAACGAGCCGAAGACAGUCAAGUGAGUGUCGACGGCGAGGAGGAAGCGCUAAUUCCAAGAAUUGCGAAACGAACAAGAACCAUGCGCCAUCAGCCCGACGGCUAUGUUCGAAGCUUCAUCGACAACAAGCUCGUUUGCGAUAUCGAGGACGAUGUGGUGAACGAUCAGCAGCCGUAUAACGUCAAAUGUCCCACCGAAUUCGCGGUGAUCAUGGAAGUUGAGCGCGACGAGCUCGCUCGAAUGAAUAUUCCGAGCCCCAAGAUCACCGACGACGAUUGGAAGGCACCAUUCCAGGAAUACGUGGCUCCCAGCUAUCGCGCUCCGAACACGUCGGGCCUCUCCGGCUUGGACUCGCCGCGUCGUGUCAGCGGCGGUCGAAUGACGUCAUCGGUCGAAGAGGCGAAUUUUGGUGUGCUUCCAAGCCCGUCGACGUCCUCAAUGAAUAGCGUGAGCAGUCCGGCGCAUUUCAAUCGAAUGACACCCGGACUUGGCGAGUUUCCAAAUCUUCCGACGCCCGACGAGCUUCCCGGAAGCCCCGGUGUCGCAAAUUAUGCGGCCAUGGAGAAACUGUUUGAAGGAUGGGUGAAACGAAGAAAAACUCGAGCGGAAUUAAGCGCGAAUGAGGUGACAAAUAAAUGGCCAAAAUGUUGGAUGUGCCUUCGAGGACAUUAUCUAUUAUUAUAUAAUAAUCAAUAUUCAAAACGACCCGACAUUAUCAUAAAUCUUAGUAAAGCUGUGAUCUCGGAUUCGACGGAUUUGAAGACGUCGAAAAAGAACAUUUUUCGCAUCUCGUGCUCUCCGAUGGAACACCAUUUUUCGUGUUUGAGUUCGUCCGAUUUGAAAAAUUGGAUUCAAAAAAUGAAAAUGGCCAAGGAGAUUUUUACGAAUGCUAGUCAUCAACGAGCAAUGUCGCAGUGUAAGCGAUUUGUUCUACUCUAG